GCUGCUGAGAGCGAGUGGCUUACAUGCGGUGCGGGCAGCCGUGUGUCUGCAUGUGGGAAGUACGCAGACCUCUGCCGCCAGCGUACCGCAAGAGCAGCAACCACAACACAAACAACAAGGACUACUGUUAAUGCUGGACAGCCAAAGGCGGUGAUGGCGAUAGCAGGUGGUGAAGGUAAUAUGAGUGUUGAAAGUGUUUUUGAAGAAUACGGGGAUGGUUUUUAUGCCAAACGUAAAACUGGAGGCGGUUCGGAAGAUCAUAGUGGUGGAGCUCAGCAGCAAUUAGUUAAUCGUGCAGAAAACGAACGUGAUACUGUAACAGAGUUGACGCAACCCACCCUAGCAGGUCAUAGUGGUGAAGCUCAGCUGAAAGUAGGUGGUUUUGGAGAAAGUGGUAGAGAUGAAUCAGAGGUGACCCUUCCCACCACAGUGGCUCAUCGCCCUGAAGUAUCUGGUAUGGGUGUUGGGGACAACCAUUCUCAAGAUCUUGCCGGUGAUUCCCUUGGUCCUGGAGAAAGUGCAGUGCACUCUUCAACAAUAGAUCAACAAAAUAACAAGGGUCCAACGAGUGAUCCUGCUCAAGACGCUGGUAGGAAUACUGGGAGUUUACCAGAUGGAAGUGAGGCUGCAGGGAGGACCUCUUCUUCACAAGGUGCUACGAUUAAUGAUUCUUCGAGCACAGAAAAUCAAGUAACAGAAGGGAGUACAUCGACAACUGAUAAUGUUUCACUUGGUGUCUCAACUGACUCUCCGGACAGCAGUAACCCUUCUCAAGCAUCAGGUACGACUGCACCUAAUUCUAUUUCUGCUGCAGACUCACAAGAAACUACUGCCACUAACGAGAGUACAGAUACCAGUGGUUCUGGUGCAGACAUGGGUGAGGGUGCGAAAACGGAAACAGAAGAAAACACUUCCACUACUCAGCCAAGCCCCGAGGACAAUACCACAGAAGCACCAACCACAACUCUAUCUUCAUCUCCUGUACCCAACACAGAGAUUAACAGCAGCAUUGCCCCCAUUGUACAGAAGAAUGCCAAUGCUAAUGUUGACAGCAGUGUCAAUCCUGUGUGGAUGCGCACUGCAGCACCGCUGAUGAUUGUGGUUGUGUUGUUCUCCGCUACAGUGUACUGA